AUGGCAUCUCGUGUAGCGGAGGCAGGUCCUUCACGACGCCCCGGACCCCCAAACGCACGCCCCAAAGGGCUCAACACGGCCUUCAUAGAUGGGAAGGGUCGCCGCCGGAUGAACGGGACGCCCCCGGGGAGCGAUGAAGAAAGCGGCACAGCUGGGUCGGGAGGCGAGUUCGAGUCGGGCUCGACGGAUGAUGAGAAAGAGUCCCGCGGUGUCGCCCAUCCCGGGACGCCGCGUGCGGCGAGCCCUGUGUCUGCGCGGAAGAGCACCUCGUGGGCGGACCUCGACCUCUCCAUUGUCGUUGCGCUCGUCUCACCCAUCGCCAACUGGCUGACGGGGGGAGAUCACGUCAAGAAUGUCUUCCUCAUUGUGCUGUUGAUAUUUUACUUGCACCAAAUCAUUGAGAUUCCUUGGCAGCUUUACCUCUCUGCACGUCCCCGGAAGUCGGCACGACGCGUGGCCGCCACACCGACGACGACGACGAGCGAGUUUCGAGCUCGCGUCCCUCGCACAAGGGGAACUGUUCGCCAUGAAUGGCUCUACCUCGGUCUCACCGUCCUUUCGCCUCUUGUCGGUGCUGGUUUCCUUCGCAGUGUCCUCAACGCGCUCGGCGACAACGACGCCUAUCUUGGUUCUCCACCACUCUACAGAACACGCCUGCAUGUGCCCUCAAGCGCAUCGACAUACUGGAACGCGAAGUGGGAGGCUCCAAGAAGGCCUGAAGCGCGCCGAGCACUCCGUGACGUCUGCGACAACCUCAACGAAGCCAUCGAAGAACUCGAGCGCGCUGCGAAGCGUAGCGAGCGCAAGCACGACGCCAACCGCGCUGCGCAGAACGUCCGUAUCACCUCGCUCGAGAACAGCCUUGUGCAAGUCGAGGAUCGCCGGAAGCGCGACCUCGCUGCCUUCGAGGCUGCCGGGAUUCGCAUCCCUGACGGCAAGUCCUUCCUCCGCCAAGUGCAAUGCGCGGUCGUCGCCGCCAUCGACCGCGUGCUCUACCUCCCCCGCGCGCUCCUCGCACUUGGGCUCGACGACCCGCUCGACAGCCGGAGCAUGAACGGCCACGGGGGCGCCCAUCUCAACGGUAACCCGAUUCACCACUCGCGCAUCCGUAGUCCUGACCGCGAGAAGCACCUCGCGCACCUCGUCCCCCGCCUCGCUACCAUCCCCGAGGCUGAAGACUCCGACUCGGACGGCACGUUCGUCUCGGACAAGGAAGGCCGCGCGAGCCCUCCAUCGCUCAAGCUCGACGGCCCUGUGGAAGGAGCGUCCGCCACGGCACUGGGAUACGCGCAAGAGGUCAUGUUGUGGCCGUACUGGGCGAGUGUGCGUGUUCUCAUUGCCGUCUUGCCUCCCGUGAAGAACAUCGUUCCCCGAGAUGAAUGA